AUGGCCGCGGCGAUCCCCGUCACCCGGCGGCACACGCUCAACCUCGAGGACUACUUUGCCGGGCCUCGCGACAUGGACAAGCAUUCCAAGUGGCCCCUGUUCCUGCAGAUGCACGGCAGUAUCCUGCCCAAGAUGAUUGUGCCGCUCAUCUGCAUGUCCGCCUGGAGUACCUGCAUCACCCUCAUCUACAUGAAGGCGCACAAGAACAUUGCUGUCAACUCCAUCCUGCUGACGGUCCUGGGUUUCGUCGUCUCCACUGGUCUCAGCUUCCGUGGUUCCACGGCAUACGAGCGCUAUGCUGAGGGUCGCCGAUUCUUCGCCUCGCUCGUCACCUCGUCGCAGGCUCUCGGCCGAGUCUUUUGGAUCCACGCCAAGCCCCUGCCGGAUGUCGACAUGCGCAGGCAGAUUCUCUACAAGAUCAGCGCCAUGAACCUGGUGGUUGCGUAUGCCAUUGCCCUCAAGCACAGCCUGCGAUUCGAGCCCUACACCGCGUACCAGGAUAUAGAGCACCUGGUGGGCCACCUGGACACGUUCGCCAAGUCGGCCACCUCCACCAUGCCCACCAACAUUGGAAAGAAGAACUUCUUCAAGUCCGUCGGCGACUACCUGGGCCUCUCGUUCGCUGCCAGCAACCCUCGCAAGCAGCUCAAGAAGGCGGCCAAGCCCCUGGGAAACCUGCCGCUCGAGAUCCUCAACCACCUUGCUGUGACCAUUGACGACCUGGUCAGCCGAGGCCAGCUCCCCGUCCCCAUGCAGCAGACGCUCGCCUACAACAACCUUGCCGCCCUCAACGAUGCCUACACCGGCUGCCAGCGCGUCCUGAACACACCCCUGCCCAUCGCCUACAGCAUCCUGUUUCAGCAGAUCACAUGGCUCUACGUCAUCCUGCUGCCCUUCCAGAUGGUCGGUGUGCUCAACUGGAUCACCAUUCCCGCCACCACCGUUGCGUCUUACAUCAUCCUCGGCCUCCUCUUCAUCGGUCAGGAGAUUGAGAAUCCCUUUGGCCACGACGUCAACGAUCUCCCCCUCGACACCUACUGCGAGCAGAUUGCCCUCGACAUGGACAUUAUCGCCUCGCACGCCAAGUACAAGCCCGAGGACUUCUUCUUUAGCUCCGAGAACGUGCCCCUGUGGCCUGUCAGCGCCGCGCCUGCCGACACCUGGCUGCAGCGCAGCGAGGCCAAGCUGACGGAGACGAUCCGGACCAAGCCCAACAAGACGUUUGAGUGGAGGCGCUGGAGGGGCGACAAGCUCGGCGACGAGGAGUCUGCCAAGACUGACUGA